UAUUAGAAAUUAACACAAACACUCUGCCAUACUUGCCAAAUUACUCUUCAACACUCACCAUCCAAACACCAAAACAAUGGCCGCCAUUUUCUCUCAGUUAUCUUCUCUCCAAUCACCGGAAAACCUCUCCUUCUCCUCCAUUUCCACUCUCUCCCACUCCGGCAAGCAAUCGUCUCACUUUUCCGGUGUAAUCGUAUCUUCUCCUAUCACAUUUCCGGCGAUACGUCAACGCAUCUCAUGCCAAACCACCUCUUCAGCAGCAGCUCCUUCUUCCUCGGUUAUUGCAAAAGGAAAUGCCAGUCAAAAGGACUUUCUACACAUUAAUGAUUUCGAUAAAGCCACUAUUUUGAACAUCUUGGAUCGAGCCAGAGAGGUUAAAGAGUUACUGAAAUCAGGAGAGAGGACAUAUCUCCCAUUCAAGGGUAAAACUAUGGCGAUGAUUUUUGCUAAGCCUUCCAUGAGGACACGUGUUUCUUUUGAGACAGGUUUUUACUUGCUUGGAGGACAUGCAAUCUAUUUGGGACCAAAUGAUAUACAGAUGGGUAAGCGGGAAGAAACUCGUGAUGUUGCCCGUGUUCUUUCUCGCUAUAAUGAUAUCAUUAUGGCUAGAGUUUUUGCUCAUCAGGACAUUCUUGAUCUAGCUAAAUAUGCAACUGUGCCUGUGAUCAAUGGCCUGACAGACUAUAACCAUCCUUGUCAAAUAAUGGCUGAUGCCCUUACAAUGAUUGAACAUGUCGGCCAGCUGGAAGGAACUAAGGUUGUCUAUGUUGGAGAUGGAAAUAACAUAGUGCAUUCGUGGCUGCUUCUGGCUGCGGUGAUUCCAUUCCACUUUGUUUGUGCCUGCCCCAAAGGUUUUGAACCUGAUCAGGAAACAGUUGAGAAAGCACGACAAGCUGGAUUCAGCAAAAUCGAGAUAACUAAUGAUCCAAAAGAAGCUGUUAGAGACGCUGAUGUUGUCUAUGCAGAUGUCUGGGCCAGCAUGGGACAGAAGGAAGAAGCCGCACAUCGCCGCCAAGUAUUUCAAGGAUUCCAGGUGGAUGAACAACUGAUGAAACUAGCUGGAAAAAAAGCGUACUUUAUGCAUUGUUUGCCGGCAGAAAGAGGAGUGGAAGUUACCGAUGGUGUGAUCGAAGCACCAAACUCCAUUGUGUUCCCUCAAGCUGAGAAUCGCAUGCAUGCGCAAAAUGCAAUUAUGCUUCGUGUUCUUGGCUUGUAAAUGCCCUUCAUUUGGCUUAAAGCACAACCUUCUUAGGACCUAGAAGCAAAUUUCCUUCUUUUCUCCCUAAACUAUACUUUGUUUGGAACAUUGAAGAACUUAGACCCUCGUUGUGCAUAUAAUUUGAACUUUUCUAGUAUUAAUUUGACACUCGU